UCGCCCGUGUUGUGUGUGUAUGUGUGUGUGUGUGUGUGUGAGUGAGGGAGCGAGUGAGCGAGUGAGUGAGUGAGUGUGUGGGGGCACUCGGCUUGUUGUUGUCGGUGACUUUCCCCUCCCCUCCGCCCCUCCCCCUCCCCGCCGCCGCUGCAGUGGCCGCUCCUUGGGCCGUAGGAAAUGAGCGAUAACGAUGACAUCGAGGUGGAGAGCGACGAAGAGCAACCGAGGUUUCAAUCUGCGGCUGACAAACGGGCUCAUCAUAAUGCACUGGAACGAAAACGUAGGGACCACAUCAAAGACAGCUUUCACAGUUUGCGGGACUCGGUUCCGUCACUCCAAGGAGAGAAGGCAUCCCGGGCCCAAAUUCUAGACAAAGCCACAGAAUAUAUCCAGUACAUGCGAAGGAAAAACCACACACACCAGCAAGAUAUCGAUGACCUCAAGCGGCAGAAUGCUCUUCUGGAGCAGCAAGUCCGAGCACUGGAGAAAGCGAGGUCGAGUGCCCAACUGCAGACCAACUACCCCUCCUCGGACAGCAGCCUCUACACCAACUCCAAGGGCAGCGCCAUCUCUGCCUUCGACGGGGGCUCGGACUCCAGCUCGGAGUCGGAGCCCGAAGAGCCCCAGAGCAGGAAGAAGCUCCGGAUGGAGGCCAGCUAAGCUGCGCGGGGCAGGCCAGCAAUAAGAACUGUCUCCCUGUCGUCUCCUCUCGCCUCGUCGUUAGUCCCCUCGGAACCUUCUAAGAGACUCUUUAUUUUUUCUCUGUUUUUUUUAAUUUUUAUUUUUAUGUAGGCGCUCUUGGACAACAGCUCUUGUUCUCCUUCCCCAUUUUCACUGUUUUUUUAACUGUGUUCCCUUCAGGGAUUCCCUGUCCCCACCAGGAGUUUUUUAAACCAAAACACCCUGACAUGGCAGCUCUUUCUGUGGAGGACAGACGGCCGGCCGCACCGCCGAGCCCACGGUGUCCUGCCCGGCCAGCAGCUCCUCCGGCCCGCCGGGCUGGCGCCUGGAGGACCCUGCGCUGUGGCCUGUCCUCCCGGCCACGCCCUCCGUGACAGACCCUGCGAAUCUGUGAACUGCUUUACUUCAAGAAGGCGAACAGUUUGGAGUAAUCAGAAUUACCCUCCGCCUUUGUAAGGAUUUUUUUCUAAAACGCUGUGUAUCGCUCCUGUUGAGAGACCAGGUCCUUGGAGAAGUGUGCGGUGUAAAGGAGAGUGGGGACGGGUUCGCGGAGCGCGUGGCGUGUGUCACUCCUGCUCCCUCGGGAGCCAGCCUGGCCGAGGGCACGUGCCGCCCGCACCGGGGCGCUGGGCAGCGGCGGGUGGGGUGGGGGUUUUGUAUUGAGGGCCGGCGAUGAUGUUUUGAUAUUUAUUUCCUGCUACUGAAAUUUGAAUCUGAGUGAAUUACCCCUGUUUCUGAUGAUGUCGGAAUGGCAAAGCGACAGAUUCAUAAAGUAAUGAUCAAAUCUUCCUUUCUUUUCAUGUACAUUUCUAAGAAAUAGAGCCAACUGAUUUUGUAAUGUAAAUACCAAGAGCAGUUUACCUGGUACUAAACCCGCACCCCAGUGGGGCCCCUCCCCCGGCCCGCUUCCUUUCCUCCUGCCCGGCCCCUCCCUCCACUGUGUGAUCCGGCCCUGGUUCUGGCUGCACUCAGCAGACCCCAGUGAAGGGUUUGUAUGUGUAGGCCUCAUUUCUUUGUCGUUUUCCUACUCUGUUCCUGGCAUUUGCUGAUUUCUAGUGUAUACUCCGUAGUCUUUGUCUGUGUUUGAUUCCAUUCCGUGGAAAUAAAAAGUAUGUUGUACAUACUGCUGAAGAAUUGUCUUGCAAGUUAAGGCUUCCCCCUUUACUAUAAGACUAUAAAUAAAAACUUAUUUUAUCCUU